UCGCAACAAGCAAAGCCCCCAGCCGGAGUGUCCCGUUGGGUUCUGUCGCCGAUAGCCCGUUGCUUGCGCUGCAUGAUAAUACAGUAGGACGUGAAUGGAAAUCAGAAUCAGCAGCAGAGUUACCUCAAUCGAUAUCCACUGUCUUGACGAUCUUCGAGUUCAUCAUCUAUCUUCCUGUUGAGAAGGGCACCAGAGGACAAGGAGAGCAACGUACACUUAUUCUUUGAAAGCAGCAAGGGAGGAGUUAAUGCUCCUGCCAUCAAGAACCACCUUAUCUUCUUAUCCUUAGGCCAGGCAGACAGAGGCGAGGCGGUCAUCGGGAGUGUCGAGGAGGAGACUAGCUAGCUUGAGAGACUAGAGAGAGCCACAGGCAAGAAGCUGACAAAAUGGCGACGAACUUUGCCUACAUGGGCCAUCCGCUCUUUGCGCCUGCUUCUCAACAGCAGCAGGUCCAAGUACAGGCGCAACAGCCAGCUCCAGCAGCGGCACCUCAACAGCAGGCGGGAGGUGAUGACUUCGACUUGAAUGAAAUAUUCGCAGACUACUUCACCAAUGAGUUUGAAGACCCAUUAAAUGCCUACACUGGAGGAAUGGCGACAUAUGGACAAUCGGUUGGUGGAACUUCGUUGCCGACUGGAGGAAUCAAGACGCAAUUUCACUUGGGAACAACGGCUGCGCAAGCACACGCUGCGGCACUGGCUCAGCAACAAGCAAACGCUGCCCCACCCGCGAAGAAGGCCAAGCACGAUCCCACCAUGGCCAUGGUGGCACAGCAGGGUGGUGGCGGCGGUGGUGGCAUCACCCUCCCCGUCGGUGUUGGAAUCCAGGUGGGGGGACUCGGUGGGGUGGCCCCUCAAACGGCUGCCGGAAUGGCGAACGGUGCUGGCGGAGGAAACAUGUGGGAUCAGAACUAUGCAGGCAUGUCAGAGCAAGCCAUCGCCGAGCGACGCCUAAGAAACCGUGAACACGCCAAGAGAAGUCGAGUACGAAAGAAGUUUAUGCUGGAGUCCUUGCAAGGGGAAGUGCUGACGCUUCAAAAGGAAAAUGAAAACCUUAGAUUGUUAAUUCAGACCCAUCUGCCGAGUGAAUCGCAAGAAAUCAUCUCAGAGUGUUGCACCACCAAUCCUCUCUUUGCGGACGGAGCCGAAGGCGAGGUGGUGGAACCCAAGAAGUCGACACAGUUGGAGAAGUCUGACUUUACACUCAUGGAGAGUCUUUCGGGAAGUCAGCAGAACUUUGUACUGAGCGACCCGCGUCUUCCGGAUAACCCCAUCGUCUUUGCCAGUCCAGGUUUCUACAAGCUGACCGGAUACACGUCGAAGGAAGUGCUCGGCAGGAACUGUCGCUUCUUGCAGGGACCAGGGACAGACGCCCGUGCUGUGGAGGUCAUCAGGAAAGCUAUCCAAACCGGAGCGGAUACCACUGUUUGCAUCCUCAACUACAAGGCCGACGGUACUCCUUUUUGGAACCAGUUCUUCCUGGCCUCUUUGCGUGACUCUGAAAACAACAUUGUGAACUUUGUUGGAGUUCAAUGCGAGGUGGAACCCGAAGUCGGACAAUCGGCUCUCGAAGAUAAAGUGAACGCGGUGCUCCCACUGGAAGAGAAAGAGAAGAAAUAAACAUCGAAGGUCACGUCCUUCUGUCUGUACAGAGGUUUCUUGCGUGGUGUGGCUGCGGUUCACUCAAUGUGAUGUUCUUAUUGGAUAUGGGGACACAAUUAUAUCUUAUCUUUUUUAGAGCUACUUUCCAUAGGCCAUCAAACCAAGAAACGUGUCAACGGGUUAACGUGGAAUGUUAAAGUCAAUCAGCCGACCGCAGCCGGCUCAGUCAAUACAAUCGCCGCGUUCUCAAGGAGCAUAGGUUGAACCAUAAUGUUAGUGUUACAAUCAUUUAGUGG